UCGGACACCGGAAGUAGCUGUGGGUGUGUACAUGCACCUAGCGUUAUUAAUUAACUCUCCUGCUGACGUUGGCUCACCAAACCGGAUAAGUGAGAGCUGGACGACGAGUGAACGCAGGACAUCCUUGCACGACAGCAUUGAACUAGCUGGUGUCGGCUUUCAAAAUGUUGUCUGAAGGAGGUUCUUUCAUGAAGGGGAUGCUCAUGGGAGGCGUCUUCUGCUUGGUGCUGUCGCUCCUGGGUACUUUCAGACCCGGCACGGAGUCCAGGACAGACGACCAUCAUCAUCACCACGUCAAGGCCCCGAGUAAAGAUGAGCUGACACGCCUCUCUGACAGUCACAGGCUGUUGUUGAGCAAUCAAGUCCGGGUCUCUUGCGUCAUCAUGGUCCAGCCCAAGAUUCUUCUUUAUUGGGCAACUGCAGUAGACACUUGGAGCAAACACUGUGAUAAGGCUGCAUUCUACACCUCUGAGUCCUCAAAGGCACUCGAGGCCAUAGACAUGAAUGAAAAAGAUGACUGGGCGAGGUUAUGUAAAGCUCUGAAGCAUGCUUAUGAGAACGCAGGAGACCUGCGCUGGUUCUUUGUGGCACAAGCGACCACGUUUGCCAUCAUCGAGAACCUCAAACACCUGUUGCUCACAAAGGAUCCCACCGAGCCCUUCUACCUGGGCAACGCUAUGAAGUCAGGGGAGCUUGAGUACGUGACGUAUGAUAGUGGCAUCGUUCUAAGUUAUGAAGCGUUGAAAAGGCUAGUGCAUGUGUUCCAGGAUGAAGACAAAUGUCCAGAAAGAGGACGUGCCCUGUGGAAGCUGAGUGAGGAAAAGCAGCUGGCCGUGUGUCUCAAAUAUACGGGUGUGUUCGCAGAGAACGGAGAAGACUCGCACGGAAAGGGCCUGUUCAACAGCAGGAGUGUGAACAGCCUGAUAACGGACAGCAUGAAGGACAACCCCACUAACGUGGUGGAGGGCUGCUGCUCCGACAUGGCGGUCACAUUCAACGGGAUGUCGCCGAAUCAAAUGCAGGUUAUGAUGUUUGGAGUUUACAGACUUCGUCCUUACGGCCACGACUUUCAUGACUUGUUAGUAUUUAACCCUCCGGAAGGUUCAGAUAACGACUAGAGACUCAUUCCUUCAAGAUGGAUGUGGCAUUUGAAAUGUUUUGCUUCUAUGAUGGCAAACCUAACUUGGGAGAAGAUUUUCUUAUUUUCUGUUUGUAAAAAUGGGAUUAACAAUUUUAUGUAUAUUUGUACCUUUUUGCACUUGGCACAAUCAGCACCCCAUUCUUUUGUGGUGUAAGUGAACAGAGUCGAUGGGUGUGCCGUCCUUUUUAAAUGAAGUAUCGCUGGGACAUUUCUCAAACUUGUGACAUGAGGCUAGAUUAGCUGGAAGUUUCUGUUGAAAAUAUUAUAUCUCAGUGUUGAUUUCUGGGUAAAGUAUAUUCAGUAGGGCUGCACGAUAUUGGAAAAAACUGACACUACGAUAAGAAAAAUACAGGUAUUUUCACCAAAUGACGACAAAGUUUCUGUAGCCGACCACAUUUUCCUUGUCUGUGUUUUUCUCCUGUUACUCGCAUCCAGGAACCCUUAAAUCGGAGUCAAUUAUUUUCUAUCAAACAGACUUCUCUUGUAGAUAAGUGAUGGAAAAAAAGAGCCGUGUGAGUUUUUCUUUUUGUAUCGAGCAGCAAAGAAGUUGUAGCAUGACAUCCUUUGAGUUAAUUUGCCUUACUUACUUACUGCAUCGACAUUGCGCAUGCACACAUCGCAAUGUCGAUGCUGAAACGAUAUAUUGUGCAGCCCUAAUGUUCAGUUUAUUUCUUUUGUCAUGCGUUCAGAGACGCACAAACUAACUCUUUUUAGUGGAUUUGUCUUUAUUCUUCUGACGUUUUAAAAACACGUGUGUAUCAGACCAUUUAAAAAAUGUGACUUGAUCAAUAAAAGUAAAUACAAUUUCAUUUUAAACUUAAUGUAGUUCUGUGGUGUUGAAUGAUCCAACGAGGGCUGUUAAAAUGUGAGGAUGAGAAUGAUGUUGGCUUUCCAGGUGUUGAUCGUGUAAACCUUGUCGAACAUACUGUGAAUGAUUUUUGGUAAAGGGAACUAGCUUUACUGUUAAAGGACUGCUUUGUUAAGCUUAACACAUUUUAUAUACAACUGAAUGUAUUCUAUUGGCAAGCGCCAUUUAUGUUCUUCCUUGACCACUAUGUUGUAUCUUGACACAUAAUGUAUAUUAAUAAUUUGCUGCUGUCGGGUAAGAAAAUAAUAAAAAUAUUGCAGUUCUCA